AUGGAGAGCAUCGUACGGCUCAAGCGGCCGCCGCCGAAGACGAGCGUCGAGAGAGCGGCGCCUUUACGGUUACUCACGAGCUAUUCGAGCGUCGUCGAGGCGCUGCGAAAGGAGUUAGACACGACGCAGGCGGGAGACGUCGUGAGGUUUAGCGUGUACGUGUUCGAAAGUGGAAAGAGUUCAGACGCCGUCAUCGCGGCGAUGAGGCGGGCGGUCAAGCGAGGGGUGACGAUUAGGUGCGAGAUAGACGGGUCGCCGGUGAGCAAGUUUACGAGAUGGUGCGAGCAAAGCACGACUCUGACGGAUGAGUUACAGGCGCUCCAGUGUGAGCUCGGGAGGGAGCGGUUCUCCUUUAAGCCCGUAAAACAGGCGUCGCACGCCAAGUUCAUGAUUGUGCAGCGCAAGCGAGGCGGCGGUAUGCCCUCCAUUAUCUUUGGCGGCGUGAACAUAGGUGACAGAUUUUCGCACUGGCGGGACUUCGCGAUUCGGGCAGAGGGUCAAGCCGUCGUAGACGCCUUGAGAGCCACGAUGAGGCGAUCUUCAUCGACCGUCGCGAGCGAUACGGCCGAUAUCGUCUUUGCGAGUAACGUCCCGACGGGAUUUUGCCCCAUGGCGUGGACGUUUCCGAGAUACUUUCGGUUUCCCGGGAGAUUUGACAUACAACGAGCGAUGACGGAUUUACUCGAAGACGAGCGCUACACCAGGUACUACGUCGCCAUGGCUUACAUAGAUUCGAUGGGGGUCGACUUAUUGGCGAGCACACUUCGCCGAGACAACACAACGCUCACGCUCGUCGUGCCAAGAACUCCAAACGUGUAUCACGACGCCAAUCGCAAGGCGCUCGGGCGACUGAUCAAAGCCAACGACGGGAGAGAGGAUAAUCUGAAAAUACUUUUGUUGGACGACAUGCUUCACGCCAAGGCGUUCCACGCUGAGAGUGACGACGAUUCGAUACCGGCGGUGGGUAUGAUUGGGAGUUGCAACCUGAAGCAGCGCUCUCUCGGGCAGUUUGUUGAACUUAACGCGACGAUUCGUCAGCCCGCGCUCACCAUGGCGCUGCGGAGGCAUCUGCGCGAACUCGCCCACGAAGCUUCGCCACUCAGCGCGGACGAUUUGCGGUAUCAGGAACCAAAAGCGACGAUCGAGGAGUGGCUAGGAUGA